CAACGGACCAAGUCGGGUCGGCGCGGCGGGGGUGGAGGAGCGGCGCGGAAUUCUGAGCCCCCCUGGGCGUCCCAAGUUCCGAGAGCGGAGCCGAGGAGAGGAGAGGAGCUAAUCCUCAGCCCCUUAGACUGAGCCCGGCGCGGCCAUGAGGCGUCUCCCGCGGCGGGACGGGGCCGGGCCCCCGCGGGAGAGCCUGCGGAACGGCUACGUGCGCAGCUCGGCCAGUCCGCUGCGCGAGGACCCUCCGCGCGGCUUUUUGUACCACGUCUGCCGCCUAUGCAACGUGGAACUGCUGCUGCCCCGCGCCUCCUCCUCCUCGUCGCCGCCGGCCGGCCCCGCGCCGCGCCGCGCCCCCGACGGCGCGCCGGCCAGCUCCGCUCUGGGCGCCCUUGCCGGCUUGGUGCUCGCCCGGCUCCUUUGGCCCGAGGGCUGCACCCGCCUCGACCGCCCGCUGGGGCUACUGCUCCGCGGGCUUUCGCACGUUCUGUGCCCGCUCUUCAGCCUCGCCUGUGCCUUCUUCUUCUUCACCUGCUUCCUGACCCGGCCGCGCCGUCGCCGCCUCCGCCUCCACCGGGGCGCCCGGCCGGCCUGGGGACUCCUGGCGCUGCCCGCCUGCUGCUAUGUGGGGGACCUGGUGCUGGCGCAGUGGGGCCCCGGGCCCGGGGGGCAGCUCCUGGUGCUGGGUAGGCUGCUGCUGGUGCUGACCUGCGUGGGGGUCCUGAGUCUACUGCAGCCCGUGCAGCCCACGCGCAGUGUCCUGGUGCUGCUCUUCUCCGGCGUGGUCUGGUGGGUGUCCGUGGCAAGCCUCAGCCUCCUGCCCGCCGCCCUCCGACCCUUGCUUUCCUGGCUCGCUGGGGGCAUCGGCACUGGGCUGGCACUGGGGCUCGAUCGCUUCUUCCCGCUUCGGGAAGCUCCCUCUCUGCCUCGCCUAAGCGGGGAGGGCAAAGUGCCUGUGAUCAGACCCAGGAGAAGGUCCAGCUGUGCACCGAUAGGCGAGACUCCCACCAGCUUCAGGAGCCAAACAUCCCGGAGACCUUCGUUGCCUUGCAUUUCCAGAGAACAGAUGAUUCUUUGGGAUUGGGAUUUGAAGCAGUGGUCUAAACCCCAUUAUCAGAAUACUUCUCGAGGAACUGAGGUUGAUCUUUCGAUGCUAAAUGAAGCUCGCCAAAUGGUGGCAGAACUAAUGCUGGAUCCAGCCCUUCCCCCACAUGUGAUCACUGCUCUUCGAAGCAUGGAUAGCUUGAUGGGUGCUUUCUCCAAAUCAUGUAGGCCAAAUAGCAACACAUUCCCACUGUUUUCUGGGUUUAAUCCUUGCUGUGAAAUAGAGGACCCAGAUGAAAAAGACACAAAACCUAACAAGAUUUUAAAUAAUAGAAAUAGUUUACUGAUGCUACAACUAAGGAGAAAUUCAAGAGCCUCAGGUCUCCCCUUGCCACCUCCUGAACAAUCUCCUUCAAGAUGGGAGUACGGUAACAGAAGGAACACUCUCUGGCAACAAAGUACUUCAAGCCUAGAAUCUCCAGAUUCAAAUGUAUUUACAUUCCCAAAGCAAAGGUCAUCUUCAGUAACCUUGACUGACUAUAGGAGUCCUCUGAGAUCUGGUGCUUCACCCAACCUGAAUCCUGUGAAUUCACUUAGCUAUGAACCAAUGCCUGCUGGUUCCCUAGUCAACCGGUCCAACAUAGGAUUUCCUGACCCCACUGAUUCUCUUACUAAGUCAGGUGCUCCUUUACACAAAUCUCUUGGGAAAGCACUAAGUACUCCAGAUUUGCCUCAGCAGUUUAAAACUUCUGGUAGCCAUAUCUGUAACAGUUGUGGACGUGAGGUACUGAAGCAUGUUUCAAUACAUGAAUCUGAAUAUGAUACAGAUGACCAGAGUGGAAAACCAGUUGAAGAGGGAAACAUCAAUAUUGCCCAAAAGCCAAUCAAAGAGGUUGAGGAGGUGCCAGAGCAGGAGCCAGACAAGAAACUUGACAGAGAACUGAAAGAUGAAGAAGAGGAGAAAGAGGAGGAGGAUGGAGGAAAAGCAAGAGAAGAGGGCUCAGAAGAUGCCCAGGACAAGCCUUCUGAUAAACCAGGAGAGGACUUAACUAAUGACCUAGAUAGGUGCUACUCCCAGAAGGCCUUAGAGGAGAAAGGUGAAGGAAAAAAAAAGGAAGAGAAGAAAGAAGAGAUGGUACUAGGGGGCCAGCAGAAUAAGCACUCAAAGUGUCCUUAUGAAAACGCUGAGGUCAAUGAAGCUCAUUUACUGGAACUAAUAUUAAGAGAGGAUCAUGAUGCACUAAUAGCAAAAAUGAACAACUGGAAUUUCCCCAUUUUUGAAGUCAUGGAAACAAUGGGAGGAAGAUCGGGAAGGAUCCUGAGCCAGACUAUGUAUACCUUGUUUCAAGACACUGGUUUGAUGGAAAUGUUCAAAAUCCCUGUUCCAGAAUUUGUGAGAUACUUCCAUGCAUUAGAAAAUGGCUACCGGGACAUUCCUUAUCACAAUCGAAUACAUGCUACAGAUGUCCUACAUGCAGUUUGGUACCUGACAACUCGGCCAAUUCCUGGAUUUAAACAGAUCCGUCAGGAUCUUGUGAAGGUGAUUCGCACAGAAUAUAGUACGGGACUCUCUCCUAUACGCAUUUCAUAUACUUCUUCCAAGAGUUGCCCAAUGACAGAUCCAAACUAUGGUUGUGUGGCAUUGAACAUCCCUGCCUUGGAACUGAUGGCUCUUUAUGUGGCAGCUGCUAUGCAUGACUAUGAUCACCCAGGGCGAACAAAUGCAUUUUUGGUGGCUACCGGUGAUCCUCAGGCUGUGUUGUACAAUGAUCGGUCCGUCCUGGAAAAUCAUCAUGCUGCUGCUGCUUGGAACCUGUUUCUUUCUCGCCCUGACUUCAACUUUCUUAGUAACCUUAAUCAACCAGAAUUCAAGCACUUUCGUUAUUUAGUGAUUGAAGCCAUUCUGGCUACAGAUCUUAAAAAGCAUUUUGAUUUCCUUGCUGAUUUUAAUACUAAGGCCAAUGAUGUGAACAGUCCUGGCAUCCAAUGGAAUAGUGAGGAUGACCGGCUCUUAGUUUGUCAGGUGUGCAUUAAAUUGGCUGAUAUCAAUGGCCCAGCAAAAGCCCAAGACCUGCACGUGCGGUGGACGGAAGGGAUUGUCAGUGAGUUUUAUGACCAGGGAGAUGAAGAGGCCAGUCUUGGGCUGCCAGUCAGUCCCUUCAUGGAUCGCCACUGUCCACAGCUUGCCAAGCUACAGGAAUCUUUUAUCUCUCACAUAGUGGGGCCCCUGUGUAAUUCCUACAAUGCAGCAGGCUUACUUCCUGGCCUGUGGAUUGAGGAAGAGUGUGAUGAUGCUGCAGGUGAGGAAUUUGGUGAAGAAUUACCUUUGGAAGAGGACAAUGCUCAUGCCACUGCUGCUACAGCGUCUGCUGCUUCUCCUUCUAGUGCCAGGCCAAAACUACAACGAAAAAAAAAGGUCAAGCACCGGAAGUUUUGCCAGCUAACACAGCAUCUAAAUGAAAAUCAUCAGCUAUGGAAGAGACUAGUUGAAAGAGGAAGCCAGGACUCUGCUGGAGACAGCAAGCUGGGUGGGGAGGGCCAUGGUCCACUUCCAUCUCCCACCAAAGACCUCUAAGUUCAGGAGGAAGCAGAUGAGGAAGAAAUGCUACCAUCUUCACAUUCGUUCGUCAUUGCCAUCACCUCCACUCCCCGAGAGGAAGGAAGGCUCCAUUGUUAUCCAGGGAACGGGUGAGGAGCUGGGCUUGAAGAGGACUCGGCACCCUGGCCUCCCUUUCUUCACCGUGCUGGCUUUAGACUGACUCAUCUCUUGGGAGGUGGGAAAGCUUUCAUACUGUGAUAGGAUCCUCACUGCCCUAGACUCAUCCCCAUUCCCACGUACUUCACCACAUGGAACAGAAAGCUGGCUCCAGUCCUCCUUCAUCAGCAGGUCCCAUGACUGCAGAGUCUCUGGAAGCCCCACUUUGGGGACAGAUCUUGUGGUUCCAAGACCACCUCGCCAAAUCCAGAGCUCUUCCUUUCUGUACAGCCCCUGCAAGUUGAGAAAGAACUUUGCACUUGUGAAGGAGACUGGAUGUUUGGUUUGUGCGAGUCUGGGGUUCACUCUUCUGUUCUUACAUACUGCUGUCUCAGUCUAACACUGAAGUUGGUAUUUGCAGAACAGCCAGUUGGAGGGCCUCCAGGGUGUGCUCAGUGCCACCCUCCCACCUCAGUUUUUCCAUCUGGAAGCAUUGAUGGCCACGUUAUAUUCUGUUGUUGUUUUUAAUGAUUCAGAUGAACUGAGGUGCAUUGAUUUCUGAUGGCUUUGACAUGCAUCAUCUGCUACAUGUUGCAGUUUUACUGAAGUGGUUCAGGUUUGCAUUGAACAUCACAUUUUAUCUGUUUUAAAUUUAAGCCUUGAUGCUCUGUGGUAGAAUAUUUAAUCUUUAAAGAGAUUUUUUAAAAACUCAGCAAUGCUACAUUUUUUCACUCUUACUCAGGAUAAAUAUUUUUAAAGCAUAUUCCACUAAACCCAUCAAACUCACAUCACAUCCCACUGUUGAGCCCGAGCUGUAACCUCAUUAAUGUUGAAUUCCUUUCACAUUUAUAAAUUUUGAGACAGAUCAAAGCCAAAAAAGGGAAACUCAUUCUUUUUAUUGAGUUGAAAUUCCCUCUAAUCCUUACUGCAGAAUAAAAUGCAAACCAUUCCUACAAAAAGUCAUGAAAAGCCAAAGGAAAAAUAUUAUUUGUGUGCAAAUAAAGACUUGGAGAUAUCAUCCUCAGGAUUAGAAUUCUCUUCAUGAGUGCCCUUGGCAGAAUUCUUGAAUGUUUUCUGUAUGUUGCAGUACACUUAAGUAUGUGUUUUUGUUUGUUUUUUUUAAACCUUAUGGGUCAGGGUUAGGCAAUUGGAGUUAAGUGAUUUCUUCAGGUUCACACAGCUAUGAAGUGUCUGUGGCCAGACUUGAACCCAGAAGUCCUGUUUCCAGGCCUGGCACUCUAUUCACUGAGCCACCCAGCUCCCUUACAGUUGUGUAUUCUUAAGUGCAUUCUGUGAGUGGCAGAAUACUUAAGUGACCCACAUAUCCAUCCCUACCAUCUUUUGAUCUGUUUCCUUCUGCCUCCAGGUGCAUUCUGGGCAGUAUCCUGAAAAGAAUAAGCUUAAAAUGACUACUAUGUAUUUAUCCCUAUUGCCCAGUCGUUGGUUUAGUUUCCAGAUCACCAUAGCCAUCUGGCCAGACUCUGUGUUGGUCUUGCUACCUAAAAUAAAUUUUCCCACCAUCUUAUUCCUUGAAACGUCUUGGAUAGCAGUGAUGAAGAUGGUUGCAGAACACGUGUACAUGCAGCUUUUCUACUGCACUUUUGAACCUUUCUGGUUGCAAACGUGUGAUUUUGCAUGGGGAGAGCACCCAAAGCUAAUUGUCAGUGUGUGGGCAAAGUGUUGAAAGCCCAUGCUGACAGGUGCCAGUGGAGUCAUUCAUGAUCAAGCUCACUCUAGACCCAAGCCGUCGCGCUGUGCUGGGGGAGCUCUUUGUUUCUCUCUGAAGUUUAAGUAGGUGUUUGGUUUGCAAGGGUAAUGGGACUUGGAGCUGUAGCCCCAAACUGCCCAAACUGUCACCCCAAAAGGACCCAUGACCAUCAGGCUGGAAUGUGGUUUGUAGAAAACAUUAAAAAAUACACCCUUGCCUUCUGUCUUAGAAUUGAUCCUGAGCAUGGGUUCCAAGGCAGAAGAGUGUAUAAGGCCUAAGGUAAUUGUGGUAAAUACUUGCCUAGGGUCAUACAGGUAGGAACUGUGUGAGGCCACAUUGGCACCCAGGACCUCCCAGGUCUGGCUCUCUAUCCACUGAGCCACCUACCUGCCCCGAGGACACUUUUGUGGGGUGUUAACACACAAGGCUCCUUCUGCUGCCAUCACAGCAAUCACAUUUAUAAAGUUUAGUGUUUCCACCAUCGGUAGCGCUGUGCCUUUUAGACGUUCACCCCUAGUUAACUAGUUGUACCUUUGAGUGCCAAGUUUUUCUUUUUCUCCAGAAGCCAGCCUUGGUGGAAGACCAUUGCUCCCAGUUCUGCACAGCACAUCUGUCUGCCAGGGACAAACCAAGCACCCUCCAAGAGGGGCCUUUUUGGUUAGGAUUUUGAAGGGGAGGCAGGGGGAAUUUGAUGUACAGCUUUCAUUUAGCUUCUCAAUAGAAGCGUGUUAUUCUUUUUUAUUCUUUUAGAAUAUUCAGUUAUUGGGAUUUAUUUUAAAAUAAUGGAUUAAUUUGACAAUUGGCUGUUGAUUUUUCAACAUUAGAGCUUUCCAACUUUUUGUUCCUUGAUUAUGGCUUACAAACAGGUAACUAGCCCAGAGAAACUCUGCAAAGUAUUUUUGUCUGAUUUGUUACUUCCAUAUUCAUAAGGAACUGGCCUAUAUUAAAUAUUUUAAAGCUA